AUGGCAUCACGAGCUGAAAGACGACAAAAGCAAAAAGAGGAGAAAAAGGCACAAAAGAAAGCUGCAAAGAAAGCCGCUGCUGGUGGUGGUGGAGCCGCUGCCAAAACGGAAGGCACAACACCAGCAACAGCAGCUGCUACAACAACAGCAAAACCUACGACGACUCCACGUACAUCUAUUGAACAACAAGAAAAGGAAACAAAGGUGGAACCAAAAGCAGCACCUAAAGAAGAAAAACAAGAACCUGAAAAACCAGCACCUAUAGAAGUAGCACCUGCACCUGUCAAAAAGAAGGAUGAUGGGACACAUGAGCCAUGUGAGACGACUGAAAAGUUGAAGCAAGAGCCACCAAAAAUGUCCACUGGUUCACCUGUAGCCACUGGUAAACAUGCUGACAUCAAAGAGGAAAAGGCAAAGCCAUCAUCUGCUGCACCAGCAACAACGACAACGACAACGACAACGGAACAAAAUAAUAAGCAAGAGCCACCACCUAAAGCUUAUGAGCCCCAAUUGGCUGCCAAAGAUACUGCAGCUGCCACUGAUGAUAGUGCACCAAAGCCGCAACAACAAGCAAAUCAACAGCCAUCCACUACUCAGGAAAAGAGAACAUCUGCACCAUCAUCCUUGGGUGCGAAAAAGCAAGAACAGCAACAACAACAACCCAUUGCCAAAGAACCUGCUGCUGCUGCUGCUGCUGUUGCAUCACCACCACCUAAAGAAACACCUCCCAAGGAUACUACUGGUAUCGAUACCAAAAAGGCAGUAGCCGAGGAGGAGACAAAGAAACGGGAUGAAGAUAAGGAAGUCCCAUCAAAGCAGCAACAACCACCUAAACCUGAUGAAACGAAAAAGGAUGUACCGGUAACAUCAACGGAGACAGCCAAGCAAAAGGGACCUGCUGUACCAUCAUCUAAGGAAAAACCAGGUACCACAACGACCGAGACUCCACCACCAAAGACACCUCAUAAAGAUGCGGAUACAAUGCCUGUCAAACCACCCCCCAAGGACCGACAAAAAGAAAAGAAGCUUGGUGGAUUGCUCAACAUUUUCAAAAAGAGCUCAUCUUCUGAAGAGAAAAAGAAGCCUUGGCAGUUUUGGAAAUGA